AUGUACAGUAAUUUGGGUAUAAUCUUUACGAUAUGAUUGCUGUUAUCAGUAUAAUUGAAUUUACGGUAAAAGCGGUAUUUUAGAAACAAUCAAAAUCGUUUAAAGUGGUGUGCUUUUAUAUAUCAAUUCAGUUAAGUGUCAAAUGCUUUAAAGUGCUAGUCGUUGGUUUAAGCAUACAAAAGGCGUGCCAAACACGGCUUUUGUGUCAAACAUAAAUAUAAGCGAGUUGGAUUGGUUUCUAAUUAUUGAAAGACGCUUAGCCGUCAUGUCAACAGCAUUAUUAGCCGCAUUUGCGGUUAUUUUAUGUAUAUUAUUUAGGAUAUUAAAUGUAAAUAGUACACCGUCCAAGCCAAGAAUAUGGUGUAAUGAUUUCACCUUUUUGGAGUCUGUAACGAAAAUUUGCCCGCUUAUAAAUGAACCAUAUACACCAACAAGAUUAUGGGGAUUUAGUGGUCAUGUACAAACAAUUGUUCACAGCGUGAUUGGACGGGUGAGGUGUCCUUGGCCAAUUGGGGAACGAGUGUUUCUUACUCUUAAUGAUAAUACAACGCUCACAUACGAUUUGUAUCAACCAAUAUCAUUACAUGAAGAUGAUAUCACAAUUGCAAUAUGUCCUGGGAUUGGAAAUACAUCAGAAAGUGUAUACAUUCGCACAUUUGUACAUUGGGCACAAAGGCAUGGUUAUCGAGCAUGUGUAUUAAAUCAUGUUGGCGCAUUAUCAUCUGUUCCAGUCACAUCCCCGCGUAUAUUUAGUUAUGGUCAUACUGGAGAUUAUAAUGCAAUGGUUCAGAAUUUAUUAGAACGGCAUCCACUAACAAAAAUAGUUUGUAUUGGUUUUAGUCUAGGCGGAAAUUUGGUUACUAAAUAUAUGGGUGAAACAGAUCGAGUAAGACCACAAAAUAUCAUUGGUGGAAUAUCAAUAUGUCAAGGUUAUUCGGCUACUGAGGAUGCAGAUUCAUCAAAAAGUUUCAGUGAAAUAAUCCGCUCGCCAAAAACCGUUCUUUGGUUGCCGUACCUGUAUCAAACAGGUACAAAAUUUUUACUAAAUUGGCAAAAUUUUAGAAGGUUUUACUUAUAUGUGAUGACUGAAAAUAUGAAAAAUAUUAUACUACGUCAUAGAAGUGUUUUACUAAAUGAAGAUGUUAAACGGCGAUUUGGUUUACAAGAACAACAAAUCAUUAGUGCUGCUACACUGCCUGAAUUAGAUGACGCUUAUACAAGGAAAAUUCAUAAUUUUGAUUCAAUCGAUGAUCUAUACCGAUGGAGUUCAAGUGUAAACUAUUUAGAAAAUAUUAAAACUCCAAUGGUAUUUAUUAAUGCCAAAGAUGAUCCUAUUGUUCCAGAAUUAUUACUUAAUCCUAUUAAAACGUAUGCAUCGGAGCAUCCAAAAGCAAUGUACAUAGAAUUAGCACACGGUGGCCAUUUAGGUUUCUACGAAGGUGGUUUCAUAUAUCCGAAUCCGGUAACAUGGUUGGAUCGAGCUUUAGUAUCAUUAGUAGGAAGUUUAUUUUUAUAUCAUAGUGACACUGCCAAAAAAAUAGCGGAUUAAGAAGUAAAUUGAAAUAAAUUUUUUUUUUUUGAUAAUUGAUUAUGUUUAGAAAUGUAUCUUUUCUAUAUGUAAACAAAAUAAAUUUUGUAUAUAAAACAUACUUGUUUU